AUGUCCAAUACCGAAAUAGCCAAUCUCUACAAAUCAGUGAUUGAUGAGGUGAUCUCCGAUUCCAGACAGGACUUUGAAGCAAACGCCAUCGAUGAACAGACAUUGCAAGAUUUGAAGGCCCUUUGGAUGGACAAAUUGGCGAACACCAAUGUGGCGAACUUCAGCUGGGUAAACGAGGCCAGUGGUGCCCAAGAAACGCAGCAGCAACAACAGCAGCAGCAAAAACCACAACAACAACAACAACAACAACAACAACAACAACAACAACAACAACAACAACAACAACAACAACAACAACAACAACAUCAACAACAACAUCAACAUCAACAACAACAACAACAUCAACAACAUCAUCAACAACAACAACAACAUCAACAACAUCAACAACAACAGCAGCGUCAGCAGCAGCAGCAGCAGCAGCAGCAGCAUCCACAACAACUUCAACAGCAUCAACAACAGCUUCAACAACAACAUCCACUGCAACAACAACCGCCAAUUAUGAAUUUCAAUUUACCACAGGUACAAUACACAAACUCCAAUAGUCUUAUGAGUGGAUCAGAAAUGUUGAAUGGUGCAAAACCUGAACAAAUGGACCCAUCAGUAAAUUUAUCAUAUCCUCAAGUGACCCAAAAUGUGGUUGGACUACAAUUACCAAGAGCCGAGCAGGAUAACUCUGGCUUAGUUUUGCCUGGUACCCAAAGAAUCAACCAAGCAGAUGGAGCCCAAGAUUUCAACUUUGAAGUUGAAUUAUCUAAUGGUGAUGCCAAACAAUUUUUGGAUAAAAUAAACAAAAAACAAAAACAAAAGAAAAAGAAAUUGAGAAGUCUUAAACAGGUUGACGGACCAAAUGAUAGUGACGAUGAUGACGAUGAUGACGAUUUGAACGAUCUUGAUGACGCUAAUGAUGACGACGUAGCAAAUGAAUCUGAUCAAAUCAAUUCCGACUUGGAUGACUCUGAAGAUGAAGAAAAUAAAUCAGGGGAUGAAAACGACAAGAUGGAUGAUAAUUAUAUUUUCUGCUUGUAUGAUAAGGUCCAAAGAGUGAAGAAUAAAUGGAAGUGUAACUUGAAAGACGGGAUUGCCAGCGUUAAUGGCAGGGAUUAUGGUUUUACUAAAGCUACUGGUGAAAGUGAUUGGUGA